UUUCGUUCAGUGUCUAGCAUGGCGAAGUAUCUUCCUUAUUUCGCUGAGGGCGAAGUUGUCAAAGGAUUUGGGCGAGGUAGCAAAGAACUAGGAAUACCGACAGCCAAUUUUCCUGACCGUGUGGUGGAAGCUUUGCCUAAAGACAUUCCCUGUGGUGUGUACUACGGCUGGGCCAUGGUCGACAACGGCCCUGUUCACAAGAUGGUGUUGAGUAUAGGCUGGAACCCGUUCUAUAAGAACCAGAAGAAAACCAUGGAAACCCAUGUACUACACAAGUUCAAGGAUGACUUUUACGGCUCCACACUGAAGGUGGUUAUGCUGGGAUAUGUUAGACCCAUGGAAAACUUCUCCUCUGUGGAUGAGCUAAUAAAGGCAAUCAGAGCUGAUAUAGCUGAGACAGAAAAGCAGCUAAAACUUCCCAAACACGAGGCUUUCAAAGAUGACAACUUCUUCAAGACAAAUGGAGAAGGCUCUUGACCAAAGUGGACAUUAAGAUCAUGAUUUAUCUUAGAGAUAGUUUUAAUUGAGAGCAUUGAAUCAUUCUCUUUUUUAUUGGCAAAGAGUUAGAGCUAUGUGUGGAUGAGUGGGCGGACCAACUACUGGAAGGGUGGAUCCCUAUGGAUGUGUGGAUGGACCAACUACUGGAAAGAUGGAUGAGUGGAUGGACAAACUAAUGAAAGGAUGGAUGAGUGGAUGGACCAACCAUUGGAAGUGUGGAUGUGUGGAUGGACCAACUACUGGAAAGAUGGAUGUAUCGAUGGGUGGAUGGACCAACUAAUGGAAGGAUGGAUGAGUAGAUGGACCAACUAAUGGAAGGAUGGAUGAGUGGAUGGACAAACUAAUGGAAGGAUGGAUGAGUGGAUGAACCAACCAAUGGAAGAAUGGAUGAGUGGAUGUACCAAAUAUUGGAAGGGUGGAUAGAUGGGUUAGUGGAUGGACCAACUAUUGUGUGGAUGAGUGGAUGGGUUGACUGAUGGAUGGGUGGAUGGGUUGACUGAUAGAUGAGUGGAUGGGUUGAUUGAUGGAUGAGUGGAUGGGCUGACUGAUGUAUGGGUGGAUGGGCAUCCAUAUGAACACUGGAACCUUUUCAGAGUCUGACCUGUUAGAGCAUUUGUGAUGUUAUUGUACACAGGUGUGUAUGUUAUUGAAUGUGCAAUGUGUUCAAAUGUACGUGUAAUGUUAGUGUAGGUACAAACACAAAGGUAUGUCUGCGUGUAAAGUUUGGGUGUACUUGUUAUGUAGGUAUGUCUGUGUGUAAAGUUCUGAUCUAACACAGAAUUUUUACCUGUUAGAACAAAGUGAUGUGUAAUGAGAUGUUUAAGAGCAGGUACACACCUGUAACUGAUCACACCUGUAACUGAUCACACCUGUAACUGAUCACAUCUGUAACUGACCAAACUGUGAAGCACUCAGGAUUGUUUAGGGUUUCACACAUCUAGGAAGUUAGUUGUGCAGGGAAACAAUCAAAGUGUGCAGAAGUGAUAACUUAAUCAGAGUUUUAGAUUUAGGAGUUUUGUUAUGUACGUAGGACAACCGACCAAAAUGUGCAACACCAAAUAACAUGAUUGCUUUGUGUUUUAGACACACAAGUGUGAAGAUAGGGCUAGUAAAUGAAUUAUAGAUAAGUGUUUUUAAAUAGGCUACAACCAGAUGGGUUGUUUCAGUACAGAAAAUAUGAGAUAGCACAGAAGUAGACUCCAAAGGCUGAAUAAAACAGACAUAAAGGCAUUGCUGACAAACCAGAAAUGAUAAAGCCUGAAGCAGUAACAUGCUGUACAUGGUGCAGAAGAAUAGAUGCCUUAGGGUAAUUAAUUGUACCUUAUCUAGCAGGUCUAUACCUGAAGUACUAGGCCAUAGUGUUACAUCAAAAAUAUUAAAUAAACAAUAUCCUUAAAGGGUAAUCAAAAUCAACAUAAAUACAAUCACCGUAUUUCCCAGUGAUGAUGAUCUUGGAAUGCAGAACAUAUUGGAGGUGAAAUGUUUUGAUCCUGACAUUCCCCUACUGUACAGUGCUGUGUGCCAUCAUCAUGUCUCAUCAUGAGUACUUGAGGGAAAUGUGGGUUCUGGCUUGCCCAAGGCAUUGAAUGGAUUCGUGAGUUCCAAAUUAACUAUAAAAAAUAUCACUGGCCAAUAGAUUUUAGUGUACUGAUCCAAACAGUUUACGGGUUACAUUGUGUUUUCAUCUAAAUUUAUAGAAUUUAUAUCUUGGUAGAAAUAAUUUGUUUAGAUGAUUUGUAGUUUGUAAAUGAUUAGGCGCGGUAACUGGAUUCAGUUUUGAUCAGUCACAUGCCACAUAAACCAGAGUUUCUUUAAACCUACUUUCUAAUCCAAAAUUCCACCGGCCUCGGACCACUGUUAAAUUCGAUCUCUUCAUACCAUGCAGUGUAUAUUUGUGCACGCUCUCAACACACCAUCUGCCAGUCGCAGAAGUCUCAAUUUGUUGUUUGAUUGUAAAAAUCCAGUACAUAGGCAUUCCAGUCAAAUGUGUAUAUGUAUGUGCUCUGAUUUGUACACGCACAUGUUCGUAUUCUGAUUUGUACACGUACAUGUAUGUGCUCUGAUUUGUACACAUACAUGUGUUUGCUCUGAUUUGUACACGUACAUGUAUGUGCUCUGAUUUGUACAUGUAUGUGUUCUUGAUCUGUACACGUACAUGUAUGUGUUCUGGUUUGUACACACACAUGUAUUUGCUCUGAUUUGUACACGUACAUGCACGUGCUCUCAUUUGUACACAUACAUGAAUGUGCUCUCAUUUGUACACGUGCAUGUACAUCGGGAACACGUAGUUAUCAC